AUGGCCCUUACGGAACGGAACGGUGUCUCGAUCGCCGAGAUCUGCGUUUACACACCAGCCCUCGCCAUAGCCAUUUGGCUUUGCGUCCGCCAUGGCUUUGGGCGCAGCUCCGGCUGGUUGUAUUUGAUCAUUUUCUCUCUCGCACGACUCAUUGGUGCCUCAAUGCAACUGGCCACCAUAUCCCAACCCCAGAACAUCAGCCUGUACAUCGGUUCCUUCACGCUAGAGAACGUCGGCCUUUCACCCCUGAUCCUCGUCGAGCUGGGACUGCUCAGUCGCGCUUUGACCAGCAUCCGGAAAUCAGUCACAACCUUUGUCAAUGAGCGAAUGUUGCGCGCCAUACAGAUUCUUGUCCUGGUGGGACUUAUCCUGGGCUCAGUGGGAGGCAGCAAUGCCGGGUCCAAUUACGCCGUCACAGGGGUUUAUACAGCCUCGAGCAUUUCCCAGGCUGGAUUGGGCCUCAUGAUCGCGGGUUAUAUUCUCACGGUACUAGCAGCGGUGCAAGUCGCCGUACAGAUCUCCCAUGCUGAGCCGGGAGAGAGGAGACUCAGCCUUGCCGUGGGUUUAUCGUUGCCCUUUGUCUUGGUCCGACUCGGGUACGCUGCCGAGUCUACCUUUGGGCACAACUCGCGCUUCAACCAAUUCACUGGGGAUGUCAACAUCCAGCUUGGCAUGUCUGUCAUUAUGGAAAUGAUUGCGAUUGUUAUUAUUGAAGGAUUUGGUCUCACGUUGAAAAAGAUACCCAAGGGCCAACAGCUUACAGCGACUGAAGACGCCAGGAAGGUCUCGAGUCAGAAUCAGUAUGAGAUGGGCCCACACUAUGAGACUAAUGCAGGGCACUAG